ACUAAACAAGUUAUACUAUACUGUGGCACCACUAGCCAACGAGCAAUUUCCUGCAAUCGAGAUUAGGACCGAGAACAUAAAGUGAAAAAAACUGUGCUUGCUGUUAUAUAUACCUCUCUUUUUUUUCAGAGGUGACAACCGUAUGCCUAACGAUGAUGUCAUUUCCUAUAUGCAGAUCUAACUAUAAAAACGGGUCCUCUUGCUGUUAGGUGUCCGUGGUAAUAGAGACGAGGAUCGUUGGUGCAGGAGAAGGCAGGAGCGCGUCAGACAUCAGGAGAGUUUGGUCCACCAUGCAUCCAUAACUUGCUGUGUUCGUUCAAGGAGGCGGAGAUAGAUUACCAUCUUCUGAAAUCGAAGACAUUUAUUUUUUUCCUGGAGAGUGAAUCGUUGCUGAUUCUGAAUAAAGAAAACAUGAUCGAGCGAGCAGUUGUCCUGUUGGUCACGUUUUCUACUUGCGUUCUGUCAUUGCCGGUCACUUCGGGUGAACUGGAGAAUGGCGACGUCAAGGUGAUGAAAUGUAUUGUGGAGGCUCUUGCGGAUGUCCUCUCCAUGCCUCACCCCGUGCCUGUCAGCCAGGAGUGCCUGGACACCCUGCGCACAGAUGACAGGCUUUUUUCCAUCUUACGCCACCAUAACUUCCUGAGAGAGAUGGAGGGCCUUGCUGUCUCAGGGGCCAAUACGAGGGCUCAACUGCAUGGUGACAUCAUGGCGGCAGAUCAGGUGACCAAGAUCCCUCCGGGGACAGAGAAUCCUGCCGACCAAUCCAUGCUGGAGGCUCUGGGGGGUCCCGGGGAGCGAUCCAUCCUAGCCCAGAAGAGGAGGAGGGCGGGAGAAGGGGACCACAGGGACGUGGAGGAAGAGGAGGCGGAGAGGGAGGAAGAGAAAAGGGCACAAGAGUCGCAGGAGUCAGAGGAGCAGAACGAGACAGACGGGAAAGGGAAGGAGAAGGAGAAGGAGGAGGAGGAGGAGGAGCAUAAGAGCAGGGGAGAAAAGGAAGACUCGGAUGAACGGAUCUCCUCCUGGAUGGCCGACAGGCCUGAGAAGGGAAAACAUCAGAUCGAGUUCGGAGGAGGAGCAGGAGGAGAAGAUGGAGUGUACGAGGAGAAACGUAGCCACGCUGAAGAUCGUUCUCAAGAGGCGCUGGGAGUGCGUCAUGUGACCAAAGAGAAGAAAGAUGAUGACUCCAACCUAACGAGGAACACCCACGACGCCAAAUCCGAAGAGAGGAAGAAGAAGGCCUUCGAGGAGGAGGAAGAGGAGGACGAGGAGGCACUGAAUAGAACGAGAUCCACGCUCCUGCCUCGCGGCGCCACGGCAACCGAGGAGGAAGACGAGGAGGAGGAGGCGGAGGAGGUGAAGCGAGGGAACGAUUUCGCCCGGUGGAGCCGACAGGUCAAGAGGCUCCCGAUGAGGAAGAAGAACGUUUCGGAGAAGGAGGAGCAGGAGGAGACGUCCUCGUCUCAGCAGGAGGUGGCACACCACUCCAGAGAGGCUGCCACUGCCGCCGCCGCGGCAGGGGGAGAGGAGGAGGAAGAGGAGGAGCAGGGGGAGGAGGUGAAGAGGGCCGAGCUCCAGAGGAGCCGCGAGGAGAAGGAGCUGAGGAACAUGGCGCUCCAGAGGGCCCCCGAGGAGAAGAGGGGGUUGGAGGAGGAAGGGAGCGCCAUCAGGAAGUCAGAGGAGCCGGAGAUAGCGAGCCUGGCAGCUAUCGAGUCGGAGCUGGAGAGCGUCGCUCAGAAGCUCCACCAGCUGAGGCGAGGCUGAGGGGUCCCUGACGGCGUGCGGCGGGAACACCGCUUUCCUUCUUCUUCCUCUUUAGCUCCUUCAUCUUCCUCUUUCCAGGUUCCUCCUGCUUGUGUUUAGCGGCCUAUCUCUCUCUCCAUGAUGCGGACGGGUUUUGGUCGGCGUGAAGGAGACGUGGGGGGUGUUUUAUCUUUGAGUAGGUCUGGAGGAUGCUAACCCCUGCCCCCCCCCCCCCACAUUGCUGAUGCCUCUGCUUGUUUAAAAAAAACUUGAGCAUAGUUGCGUAGUCACAGCUAGAUAGCGACCCAACAUGACGAACACAAUGGCACAGAGCGUGCUGUUUCUGAGUGUGCGACGUUAUGUCGUCAUGGAGCCUAUACUACAUGUUAGUACAUUCAUAUGCUAGAUGCUACAUGCUGUUUUCUUGCUUUCAAUAGCUUUGGAGUGUCACUCCCUCACUCUUUCACUUUGGCUGUUUCUCCCUCUCUCGCUCUAUCUCACUAUCCCUUUCAAUCUAUCUCUCACUCUCAAUCUCUCUCUCUCUCUCUUUCUUUCUCUUUCUCGCUUUCCAUCUCUGGCUCUCUCAUUGCUUUAGUGCAAUACCUUGCCUGCUUCUCGAAUAAUGCCAGCACUUCACAUCGAUUCAUGAGAAGAGUAUGAACAUUGUUAGAUUCAUCACAUGCUAAAAAAGUAGAAGUGUACAGUAAUUUCCUAAUCAUAUGUAAAAAGCUAUUGAUUCUUACGCAUGGCUAUGCUUAUGUGUUAUAGCUACAACUGAAAGCCAAGGCAAUAAUUGGACAUUUUUAGCCAACAAAUGAGUGGAUUGUAUUGUUUAAUUGUAUGCGAUUUAUGUAGGAAGACCAAAUAAAUUGAUAAUUAUUCUUGGGGAGAAAA